ACCUCCUCAUGUUCCUUUGCUCCUGCGCGGGCGAGAGAAGGGAGCAAGCGCUGAGAUAUUUUCCCAUUCGCUCGCAUCCACAGAAAAUGCGGACAGGAUUAACGCCGGUGCGGCGAAGAUCUCGAUGCGAAACUACGCUCUUCUGAGUGGGAAAGGGAACCCCCAAGUGUGCAGUAAACAAGUGGCAAAAACAGACGUCAUUUUUCUGUUUUGUUGGCUUGAUGUUUCGCAGCGAGAGAGCAACUUGGACGAAACACUGAGAAAAGAUAGAACACUUAGGAAAUGAUCUGAGGUAUUUCAAAACAGAGAGAAGAAGCGGCGGUGUUCGGGUCGCCAACUCUUGCGUUAUUUUAUCUAAAUAAAUCGGGACAUUAUCGAUACAUCUGCUGAGACUUAUCACUUCCCCAGUAUAAUACAUGAUGGAUGACUGUGAAAUCAAAUUGGCACCCAGUCGUGGAAAUGGAGAGGAAAGAUAAUAUUACUGCUACUUAUGGAUUUUCUCCCAGUCGAGAGAUUUUGUGCUUUCUUGACGUCUGGAUUCUUUGAAGCAGGGGUUUAAGGGUUGACGCACCUGCCUUGGGUAUCAUCGGAAGACACGUUAUUUUUCUAUCCAUGAAAGAGAGCACUGGUCUCGCGUUUCAACACCGGGAGCUGGCCCCUGACAAGAAGUCUUCGCCGAAGGCUAGGGUGUGGCUGUCCAAGGCCUCCAUGGAUUUUCCUCUGAGAGCGCUCAUACUGUGGGUCCUUCUGCUGGACCCCUGUUGCAUGGCAGUUGUGGGUGGAGUCAUGUACCGGGUUCCCGAGGAGCAGCCUCCCAGCACAUUAAUUGGAAGCCUGGCAUCGGACCAAGGCCUGCCAGACAGCGGCCACCUGUACAAGCUGGAGGUUGGCUCUCCCUACCUACGGGUCGAUGGCAAGACAGGGGACAUCUUCACCACCGAGAUCCCAAUUGACCGCGAGACCCUGAAGAACUGCCGGAACAAGGGCAAGCCUUGCUUCCUGGAGUUCGAGGUGUCCGUCACCGACCUGAUCCAGAACCAGAGCCCCCGGCUGAUCGAGGGUCGGAUCGAGGUGCAGGACAUUAACGACAACACACCCCAGUUCAACUCACCCGUCCUCACCCUAGCCAUCCCAGAAAACACCCAGAGUGGGGUGCUCUUCCCCAUCCCGCUGGCCACUGACCGAGACACGGAGGAGAAUGGAGUGUCGGACUACAAGCUCGCCGCCGGACCGGAUGCUUCGUCGCUCUUCAGCCUUCAGGUGGCCGAGGAUCGAGGCGAGAAGAUGCCCCAGCUCAUUGUGUUGGGAAGCCUUGACCGCGAGCAGAAGGACUCGUAUGACCUCAGCAUCAAAGUACUGGAUGGGGGAACCCCUCAACGCCAGAGCAGUGCCUUGCUGAGGGUCGUCAUCACCGACUCUAACGACAAUGCACCCAGAUUCGAGAAAUCGUCAUACGAGGCGAAAGUUGCCGAAAACAGUCCCAUUGGACACUCAGUGCUUCAGGUGAAGGCUAAUGACUCUGACCUUGGUCCUAAUGGCGAGAUUGAGUACACCCUUCACCAGGCAACUGACCCUGUCCCAAAACUCUUGAGGAUCGAUCGUUCCACUGGUAUUAUCUAUGUUAAAGGGGCACUGGAUCGGGAAGAGAUCAACAGUUUAAAGUUUUAUGUGGUUGCGCGGGAUAAAGGACCGACGCCCAAGUCGUCCAAAGCAUUUGUUGAGAUUGAAGUGACAGACCAGAACGACAAUGCCCCAGCUGUAGAGAUCCGUGGAAUUGGCUUGGUGACUCACAGUGACGGAGUGGCCAAUAUUUCUGAGGAUAUGCCAGUUGGGACAGCAGUUGCCUUGGUCCAGGUCUCAGAUCAGGAUGAAGAUGAGAAUGCAGUGGUGACUUGUGUCGUUGCAGGUGAUGUUCCAUUCCAACUGCGCUUAGCAAGUGACUCCGCUGCCGAACACAAGAAGAAGUAUUUCCUGCAGACUACGACCCCUCUCGACUACGAGGACAUUCGGGAAUAUCGGGUCCAGAUAGUUGCUGUGGACUCAGGUAACCCUGCUCUUUCCAGCACAAACUCGCUGAAGGUGCAAGUGACUGAUAUCAACGACAACUCCCCGAUCUUUUCACCUUCCCUAUUUGAGGUUGACUUUAAAGAGGAAAACCAGCCUGGAGAGAAGAUUCUAGAUGUGGUUGCCAAAGAUGCUGACAGUGGCACCAAUGCAGAGCUCACCUACCAAAUAGUUGCGGAGCCCUCCAUUAAUGGUCUCUUCGAGAUUGACGCUAACACAGGGACAGUACGAGCACGUAGUCCUCUGGACAGAGAGCACAAGGAAAGGUACGAGUUUCAGGUUGUUGCAGCUGACAAAGGACUGCCUAGUCACAGUGGUACAGCCACAGUCGUGGUCAGGGUACUCGAUCGCAAUGACAAUGAGCCUAAAUUCAUGUUGAAUCGAUACACCUUCUCAGUUAUGGAGAACAGGCCCCCCCUUAGCCCUGUGGGCAUGGUGACUGUCAUGGACAUGGACAAAGGGGAAAAUGCUCAAGUGCGCCUAUCGGUCGAGCCAGACAGUGGGAAGUUUAUUGUCAAAAAUGGCACAGGGACGAUCCUGUCCAGCAUUUCCUUUGAUCGAGAGAAAGAGAGUAGUUACACAUUCCGUCUAAAAGCUGUAGAUGGUGGCGAUCCUCCUAGGUCAUCUUACGUAGGUGUGGUGAUCAACGUCCUGGAUGAAAAUGACAAUGCACCUAUCGUCAUCAAGCCCUCAAACUCGUCCUUCAGACGCCUAUCACCAUUAGCUGCCCCAGACAGCCGUGUGGAGGUCGUUGAGGCUGAGGAUAUGGAUACUGGGCCCAACGCAGAGCUUGUUUAUAGUAUCACAGGGGGCAACCCUCAUGAACUCUUCCACAUAUCCCCAUCCGACGGUGAGAUUACACUGGCCAAGGAACUUACCCGUAAACACAGUGGUCUUCACCGUCUUGUGGUCAGAGUGAGUGACAGGGGGAAACCAACUCGUCACACCACUGCCCUCGUGCACAUUUAUGUCAAUGAAACCAUUGCAAACGUCAGUCUUGUGGAGGCACUGGUCGGACACAGCCUCUACACCCCGUUAGACAUGGACAUUGCUGGUGACCCUGACUUUGACCCAGCUCAUAGAAGUAAUAUCCUUUUUGGGAGUUUAGCAGGUGUGGCUGGAGUCAUCCUGGUGAUAGUGGUGGUGGUGUUCAUCCGGCACCGCAUUCAGCGGGAGACUAAGAGUGGCUACCAGGCUGGUAAGAAAGAGACCAAGGACCUCUACACUCCUAAGCAGGGCCCUAAGAGCAGCAAAGGCAAGAAGGGUAGGAAAGGGAAGCCGCCAAAGUCCCCCAAGCCCCUCGGGGAAGAGGAAGAGGUCAGUCUCCAGAAAAGCCUGAAGUUCAACCUGGACGGUGUCAGCGACAGCCCCAGGAUACACCUCCCUCUGACAUAUCCUCCUGGCAGUCCAGACCUGGGUCGUCAUUACCGCUCCAACUCCCCCCUUCCCUCCAUUCAGCUCCAGGCUCAGUCGCCAUCAGCCUCCCAGAAGCACCAAGCAGUUCAGGAGCUCCCUGCCACCAACACCUUUGUGGGGACCGGUGGGGAUGACAACUCCACUGGUUCAGACCAGUACUCGGAUUACAGCUACAAGGCCAACCAAGCGAAGUACAACACCAAACAGCUUCCUCAUCGCCGAGUGACUUUCUCCACAUCCAAUCCGGUGCAGGAUCUGCAGGACUCCUCCCAACAGAGUUACUAUGACAGCGGCCUGGAGGAGUCAGAGACACCCAGCAGCAAGAGCUCUUCUGGGCCCCGCAUCGGACCCCUGGCCCUGCCCGAGGACCACUACGAGAGGACCACCCCCGACGGCAGCAUCGGCGAGAUGGAGCAUCCCGAAAACGAUAUCCGAUCCCUGCCCGACGUGGCCAUGACGGGCAACUGCACCCAGGAGUGCACUGAGCUGGGCCACUCUGACGCCUGCUGGAUGCCCGGGCAGCCCUCGCCCAUCCGCAAGACGCGCAACACGCCCAAGCUCUCCACCUUUGUGCCUUACCAGGAGAGGGGGAGCCUCGGGCGCCUGGCCAAUGGCAGCGCCAGGCUGGGCGGGGGGGAGGAGCAGAGGCCCCGCAUCCCGCCCUCUCGCAGUGCCUACUCCAGUGGAGGCCACGCCCCCAGCCAGGACUGCCCAUUGGAGGAGGUGCCACUGAGCGUGGCCAGUGAGUACCCCCCCACCAGCCCGCCCUCCAGCCACACCUCCAAGCGGGAAAUCUACCUGUGAGAGCGCCGCCACCGCCACAACAGCAUAAGCUCCGACCAUUUCCCAAUUCUGAUUUUCAACGGAUAUGGCUACCAGAGGCACUCAAACACAUUCAAAACACACAGAGGGGAAAAUAAGCUCUCAGAAGGCCAACAAGAACAACAAAAUAUCGAAAACAUAAACCUUCAAACUAUUGCUAAGACUUUUUGCAUAAGCAGUAAGAGUUGGCUGUGAAUCAUCUGACCAACGUGAUCUCAUGUACAAUAUUUUUUAUUUAUUUAUUCAUUUCUGGUCUUUAUUUAUAUCUUUAUUUAUUUAUUUAUUGGAGUAGUCUGUUUCUUUAUCGGGUUAAUCAUUUUGGUGAAUAAAAAGUGUCAAAUCAAUAUUAUCAAACAUUAAACAAAAAGGAAAAAGAAAAAAAAAAUGUUUUGCCAACCUUUAGCCUGGUCAGCUUUAGCUUCACUAGCCCAGUGGGAUGUGUUCUGGCAGUUGUGUGGUGAAUUCUGUAGUGCCAUAGCAAGAUAUUAGAGACAUUUAAGGACAACGUGAUGCAUCAAGGAAGAUAAAUGCUCUCUCUCUAUAUCUCUCUUUGUCGUUCACUCAAUCAGAUGAGGUGUUGUUAGUAGACCAGUGGUGUACAUAUAUUUGUAAGGUGUACAUAGAGUAUAUUUAUGUCAGGGUCAAACUGGGGAGAGAAAAAAAAAAAAAAAACAUCAAAGGCUUGAGCUCCUUCCGCUCUCUCUCUCUUUUUGUAACAAUAUUAUUUUUUUUUCUUUGCGGCCACUCUUUAUAGUGAUAGCGGGACCUUUUGCCGUGGCCAGGGCGGGUGGCCCAGAUGGCUUUUCUGAUGAAAUCUCAUUGGCUGACCCUGCUGACAGAGGUGCUUGGUGACUUGAUGCUCACUCAUCUCUGUUUCCUGUGGACAAGCCUGUUUUUUUUUUUCCUUUUAUUUCUUUUUUUACCGUUUUCCCCGCCGCAGAAUGUGGGUGUUUGGCACUUCAGCUGAAACACUGUGACCUGUCUCUCUCUUUCUCUCUCUCUCUCUCUCUCUCUCUCUCUCUCUCUCUCUUUCUCUUUUUUCUCUCUCUUUCUCUCUCUAUCGCUCGCUAUCAGUCUUUUUCGUCUCCCUCCACCCGGACACCAGGCGAUGGAUUUAAUCGCCUCUGCAAGCUCUUCUGCAGUCAGGGGUGGCUGUGGCAGUUUGGCGCGCCUCCUCCACUACACUGAUUUAAGUGUUGCAAUGUAAACAUGUCUCCUGGCUAAGCCCAACAACAAUGAACCAACUGUGGGAAAUCUGGGGCCGUAGAAGACCAUUGUUUUUACCCCCUGUGUCUCUCUCUCUCUAUUUCUGUCGUUCUCUCCAUCCUGCUGAGAUCUGAAAGAAGGACACAAGCUCGACGGACUGUUUCACAGACUCUACCUCGGCCUGUCCAGAUCUGCAGUGUGUAUCUCGAAGAGCGGUGUGUGGAAUCAUCGACUUCCCUUUACUUUGAAUCAUGUGGAAAGGGAACACACAAUGGUUGGACUUGUCUCGAGGAGAAAAAAAAAACAUGCCUUUUUUGUUAAAUAGGACAAAUGAAUAACUGCCUUAAAAAUAUGUACUUUUGUGACCAUGUGGAAAAAUUCAAACAAGUAACCUCGCUCGGUUUCAUUGGCAUGUCAUAAGUCUGCAUGAAAGUUAAUCAGAAAAUAUAAAAAUUUGAACAGAAAAUCUGAAAAAAAACAACAACACAAGAUCUUAAUAUAUUUUUGCAUAUAGAGUGCAUUGAUGAUUUUUAAAGAAAAGCAUCACAAUUCUCUUCACCAUUGUGUAUUUCCUUUAGAGACAGUCAGGAGGUGACCCAUCUAAACAGCAUGGCGAGGACUUUUGACCUGUUCAGUGGUUGUAGCUAUCACUGUACCCCUGGUAUUGAGUAGGACUUAGAGGACGUCUUUGUGGGCUGGUGCUACAGUAUAUCGUGACUAGUUGUGCAGUUAGGAUCAAGGUACAGAACCUCUCGAUGCCAUUAUAACACAGUGAAACACAAUGAAAUAAAUGGUUUGUUUGAAUCCUCCCCCAUAUGAUGCGCUCCUUAUGUGUUGUCUAAGGCAUAUCAUGCAUCAGUCAAGUGUUUAUCCUUCUAACUUCCUCUCUCCCUUGGAUUUACCUUCUGCAUCAGCCCCCAGUACAUACUUAUUCAGUGGUGAAAGUGUUGGUAGUUGGGGGGGGGGGGGCUUUCUCUGGCGUCAGAUGUUUCGGAGGCCCUGGGUGGACGUUUUCUUAAUUAGGGUGAGUGAUGAAUCCUGUGUGGGGGCACUCGUGAGCAACAGCAGCAGCCCCCCUCAAGCAAGCACAUAGAGCGCCAAGAUAAUCCCGGACCAUCAGCAAAACCACCACAAUCAUUUAAAACCUCAUCGCGUUGCCCACGGCAACUGCGCUGCAAAUAAUUAAAGCCGAGGCAUAUGGAAAUUACUGGACAGGGCCGUGAUUAAAUAAGGCGAGUGAUUAUCCUGCCUGGAGGACAUAAAGCACAUUAUGCCGUUUUCAAAGCCAUUUAGUGACUGAGAUGGUGAAAAAAAAAAAUCCAGCCAGAGUCAUGGUACUUGGUAAUUAACACUCUGUGUUAAGUCUCAGGCCAGUUCACUAAGGAUCGACAUCAACACAAUACAAGUCGGCCAGUUCACUUCAAGUUCAGUGACCUGGACGGAAAUCUGCAGAAGAUAGUGACCCACCUCAACCUCCGGUCAACUCACUCGGCUGAUGAAUCACUUAUUUUGAAACCUCUUCGAAACAAUCUAGUCUAAUUUGGUUAGUUUUCAUUCGAGUCCAGGCUCAGUGGCCAUUUUUGACCAAUGUCUUGGGUCGAAGGGCUUGAUUCGUACAGAUUUGACUCCAUCCCGAAUCAGAUAUCAUCUGAUCGAUCAAGUUCAAUUUACUUUCAUUUUGAUUUGUAUCCAGCCUGAGCCUUCAGUUUCUAUCCACAUGUCAAAGUCAUGCCUGAACAGCUGUGAUUUCGCUUUGGGCCGAAAUCCAACUUGCGCCUCAAUCACACCUGAUGCCUGGAGGCAUCUGAAGGACAGAGUGAUCUAUAAUAACUCACCUGAUGCUAUUGUUUAUCCAAAUAGUGUAUUUCCUCUUUUGGCUUUGUGCUGUCUCUAGUUUGAGGAUGUGAUCAGAUCGCUUUUUUUUUUCCCUUUCUGGCUACCAGAGUGGAGUUCCUUGAGGAGAAAACAGAAGCAAAGCUAUUUGUGGCGAAGCAUCUUCUGAAGGUGUACUGUACAUAGAUUUCCAUGUCCCCCGUGUGCACUGCCAGGCAGGCAGUGAGUUUAGCAUGAAUUCCAAAGAUAAUUGGUAGAAAUUGUUUACUGUUCUUGCUGAGAUGUUAGUGCUGGUUCCUGUUACAGACUCUCCUUCUCCCAAAUCCCCCCCUACCUCCUCACCCUCACCAGCCCUCCCCACUCCUCUCUCUCUCUCUCUCUUCCCCCUCUCCCCAAAUGAACUGAACUUCACUGCACAAUCCAUCUUUGUCACAGUUCACCUGAAAUCAAGACAGCUGCCUUGAAGUAUGUCUUCGCAGGAGAGUACACAGUUGUAAUCCUAAUUGUCGGUUAUAUUUAUAUAGACAAAAAUGCUUGUGAUGCCAUGUUUUUUGUACAGUUUUAUGUACAUGCAAGUGAAGCUUUUUAAAAUCUUAUGACAAAAAGCCGAUGGCAUAUAAAAAUUGUAAAAGUGUUUUAUUGAGAUGUGCACAUCUUGCCUUGGUUGGAUUGAUCUUUGCAGAGUCAGUGUGAAUGUGGCCGUCUUAUGCCUGCACUGUCGUCAGUCACUGGCUCCCCACUCCCCAGAGGGCUUUAUUGGAUUUUAUGUUAAUCGUGAACAGUGGAUUGUCGGAUCCUACCUGUUUGUUUGAUUCCCACGUGUUCUGUUUCGUUCCGUUUUUCGCAUGUUGAGAAAAAAAAAUAACAAGCCCUUGUAAUAAGUCCUCCUUAAAAAAAAGAACAAGGAUUUGUAAUAAAAUGAGCUCUGGAAACAAAAAAAA